AUGGGUCUCCCAAAGUCCAAAAACCAGGUCGGUCUGGGCAACAGCCUGAUGAACGACCGCUUCGGCAAAGGCAAGGGCUCCGACAUGCGCCGCGGCAACUACACCGGCGCAAUCGAGCGGACAGGUCAAAACGGCGAGAAGUACAUCACCAACCAGAAGAAAGAUGCGUCAUGGGUCAAGAUGCGCAGUGUCACGGAGCAGGCCGCGCUCGACGAAUUCCUCAGCACCGCCGAGCUCGCGGGCACCGACUUCACGGCCGAGAAGAUGAACAACGUCAAGAUCAUCCACAAGGACCAAAAGAACCCUUACCUGCUGUCUGCCACCGAAGAGCGCGCCGCCGUGCGCAAGCAGAACGCCCACCGCAAGAACCUGACCGUGCCCCGCCGCCCGCCGUGGGACGAGAAUACGACCCCGAGGGAGCUGGACGAGCGCGAGCGCGAAAGCUUGCUGCAGUGGCGCCGCGGCUUGGCCGAGCUGCAGGAGAGCAACGACUUGCUCAUGACGCCGUUUGAGCGCAAUAUCGAGGUCUGGAGACAGCUGUGGCGUGUGAUCGAACGCUCGGAUUUGGUUGUGCAGAUCGUGGACGCGCGCAAUCCGCUGCUGUUCAGAUGCGAUGAUCUGGAGAACUACGUAAAGGAAGUGGAUUCCAAGAAGAACAACUUGUUGCUGGUGAACAAGGCGGAUAUGAUGACGUUCGACCAGAGGCAGAGGUGGGCGGAUUAUUUCACGGAGAACAAGAUCAACUACAGAUUCUUCUCUGCUGAAUUGGCAAGGGAGAUGAACGAGGCAAGGGAUCUAGAAGACGAAGAGCUUGAGUCGUCUGAUGACGAGGCUGAGGCAGGAGAUAAGUUGGCCGAAGAGGCUAAGAAGUUGGAUAUCCAAGAGAAGGACGACGAAGAGAAGAAAUGGGUUGAGGAGGAGACCGUAAACGUAGAGGAGAGUGGCGUGCCUCUCCCGAGCUCUGGGGAAGAGACCGUGAAGGCGGACCAGAAUGGUGUACCUCUUACAGACUCUGAGGCUACCCGGAUCAUAACAACGGACGAGUUGGAGGCUCUGUUCCUCGAGCAUUCACCCGACGUAGCCACGGGCCCCGACGGACAACCCAGAAAGACCCAGAUUGGUCUCGUCGGUUACCCCAACGUCGGAAAGUCGUCUACGAUCAACGCUCUCAUCGGCGCCAAGAAGGUAUCUGUGUCUGCCACUCCCGGAAAGACCAAGCACUUCCAGACUAUCCAUCUGAGCGACAAGGUAGUGCUCUGCGAUUGUCCCGGUCUUGUUUUCCCCAACUUCGCAUCCACCAAGGCCGAGCUUGUCUGCAGCGGCGUCUUGCCCAUCGAUCAGCUCAGGGAGUUCACUGGACCUGCCGCUCUCGUCGCCCAGCGCAUUCCGCAGGCCUUCCUCGAGGCCAUCUAUGGAAUGAAGAUCAACAUCAGGCCCGAGGAGGAGGGCGGUACGGGUAUCCCGACCGCGGAAGAGAUGCUCUCCGGUUAUGCCAUCGCCCGUGGUUUCUCGACACAGGGCCUUGGCCAGCCAGAUGUGUCACGCGCCGCUCGCACCGUGCUCAAGGACUAUGUGAAGGGCAAGCUCCUUUAUUGCCACCCGCCUCCGGCUGAUCCGCCGAUCGAUGGCAGGUGGUUCAACAGGGACCUUUAUGAUGCAUCGCAUCUCCCCGAGAAGCGCCGUGCCGCGUUCGCCAUUGCAGAAGAAGCGAGCGUGGCAGGCGCACCCAGUGAUGACGUUUCGCUGAUGGAUGACCCCGACGUGGUGCCGCUUAGAAAGAACAAGAUGCAGGGCGAGAAGACGCGGCAACUCGACAACAAGUUCUUCGCGCCGAGAGGUAACGGCGGGCAUCUGAUGAUGCCUUUCCACGAUAAGUACACGGAGCAGGGUCUGGCCGCUGGAAAACAGCUGAGUGGACGCAAGGCUCUGACGAUGGAGGCUUUGGACAAGGACGUUGACCCCUCGGAGCUGAAGAAGGGUAAGAAGCACUUCAAGGGUAAGAGGAAGGUCAAGGUCAGGAACCAAGGAGGAGGUUAUGAGUAG